AUGUUUCGACAUACUAUAAGUUUGAGUAAAAGAGAAAUUAAAAAAUGUUUGAUAUUUGAAAAUAUACCUUCAGGGUCAGAUUUAGAGACUUCUGAUGAAGAUCACGAUGAUUUCGGUAAAAACCUAGAUUUUAAUUUGUGUUCCGACAAUGAUGAACAUUAUUCAGACGAAAAUGAAAUUGAUUUCGCUCCUUUUACUUCUUCAAACUUAAAUUCCACUUCACUAAUCAAAAGACGUAAAUUAAAUUCAAAUAUUGACGAACUAGAUCAAUCUAGAAAUGCUACAUCAACUAUUUCAACUUAUUCACAAACACAUGUUCCAAAUAAAUUUGUACUUAUUCGUCCAAUAACCUCUAUAGAUGUACCAACUUGGUCUACAGAGUAUAAUUUUAUUUUACUAGAUAUAAUGUUUGAUGAUUCGCAAUCAGCUAUUUGUAAUGAAAUAAAAGAAAUGGUUGAUAUCACUCCUUUGGAAAUAUUUUUAAAACUUUUUCCAGAAGAUUUAUUAGAAUUAAUUUUUUUUUAA